AUGGCGUUGUCGCCAUCGUCUGCGCCAACUAGCCCGCUCCCGCGGCAGCUGCUGCGCUACGUGUCGUCCCAGCUGGUCGCCGCCCUCCACCGCCCAGCUCCAAUCAUCAGUCUGCCGAGUGCGCCGCGGGGAGUGGAUGCGGCGGCAUCCCAGCUGCUCCGGAGCGCGAGCAGAGCCGCUCCUUCCCCGAAAGGGAGGCCCGGCGCGCCGAGGCAAGGCAGCGGCGGGCAAGUCCAUCUCGCCGCUCCGGCGAUGGCGACGAUAGCAGCGCGCGCAGUUAUGCCUUUGCGACGGCCCACGCCGCCUGGUCCCCCGGCACAGGGCAGCGGCGGCAAAAUCCAUACCGCGCCGGCGGCGGCGACAGCGCGCGUGGUUAUGCGAGGACCAGCUCCGCCUGGUCCACCAGCACAAGGCAGCGGCGGAAAGGUUCAUGCCGUGUCGCCUGCGGCGACGGCGGCGCGUGUGCUUAUGCGAGGGCCCGCGCCGCCUGGUCCCCCGGCAGAAGGCGCCGGCGGGCGUGGUGGAAACAUCCAUGCUGUGUUGCUUCUUGAUUCUUGA